AUGCCACUCUACUACGCUACGCUCCUAAUGGUGUACGCUCCUAAUGGUCCACUUACCUCUCAGCAUAACAGUCAGGGUCAGAAUGACUCCUCCUGGCGAGCUGAGCCAGGCUCUGUUCUCCCUUCACCCCUCCGACUCCCCUUCACUGUGAAACUUGUUGAGCGGUAUGAAUUUUCCCGGAGGGACCUCUGGUCUGAAGCAGACUACAGGGUUUUUUGGAAUGUCCCCACUUUCCAAUGUCACAAAUACGGCCUCAACUUCUCUUCGGUGUCUGAGCAUUGGGGUUUGACGCAGAACUAUCAGGAUGCGUUCCGGGGUGACACCAUAUCCAUUCUGUACGAUCCUGGUCUGUUCCCUGCUCUCCUGCCUACCACUGCGGGAGCUGCCCCUUCUAUCAGAAACGGGGGAGUGCCACAGGCCGGGAACAUCAGCCUACAUCUAGACCGUUUCCAGGAAGACAUCCUCAAACUGAUGCCUGCCUCCAACUUUAAAGGUAUUGGGAUAAUAGAUUUUGAGCACUGGAGGCCGAUCUGGAGGCAGAACUGGAUGUCGUUGUCCAUCUACAAAAACUACUCCCGAUACUUGGAGCGUCGUAGACACCCUCGAUGGCCCAAGCAGGAUAUCGAGAAGGAGGCGGCUGAGCGGUUUGAGUCAGCAGCCAAGGUGUGGAUGCUAGAGACACUGCGGCUAGCCAAGACUCUGAGGCCCAAGGCACUUUGGGGUUACUACGGAUUUCCGUUCUGCUUCAACAACAAACCUGUUGGACGAUCAAUGCCUUGCUCUCCUGAAGUUAUCCCUGAAAACAACAGGAUGAAGUGGCUAUUCUCGGAAAGCUCGGCAUUGUUCCCGUCCGUGUACCUGCGCAGCCAGGACAUGUCGGAACGUGCCAACGAGCAGUAUAUCACGAGCAGAGUGGACGAGUCCAUCAGGAUGUCCAGACUGUCACCCAAGAGGAAUCCCACUUACGUCUAUAUGUGGUCCAAGUAUCAAGACGUCAACAGGUUUCUCAGCAAAACUGACCUUUACAACUCUCUGGCUGUGCCCCGACGACGAGGUGCCGAGGGUGUGGUGGUCUGGGGAGCGACCAAAGACGUCAAUUCCAAGGAGAAAUGCCUAGCCAUGCUUGACUAUCUGGACAAUUAUCUGGGACCGACGGCUCUUGAGGUGAUUCAAGAGCAGCCAAAACCUCAACAAACGAACUUCUUGUCUGUGUUUGGCAAAUAAAUACUUGUAAUAUUAA